AGUACUCGUAUCAUACAGCAGCACACUUUUGCCACUUUGCCUUUGCCUCGUAUACCAUGCAGUACGUAGUUUCAGAUUGAAUCAGUUUUGUAGAAAAACAUGGGUAGUUUUUAUUGCUUGUGCAAUUUGUCCGAACUCUUCUGCCCAAGACGGUCGUGAACCUGCGCUCGUAAAAAUUUCUGACUUAUUCAACUUCUAAAGACUGAAGCAUGUCUAAAAGUUCAGCAGAAUCGUCCAAACAAGAUAAUCGUGGUGAUGUCUGGAAGAUUGCUGAGUGUCUGAAACAGAUGUUAGCCUGUGGCGAAUCGAGUGAUGUGCAGUUCGCUGUCGGACGUCAGUAUGGCGCAGUGCGGAUAUUUCGAGCUCACAGACUCAUCAUGGGAGCCCGUAGUUUUGUGUUCCACACCAUGUUCUGCGGAAGCAUACCAGAGGACUGCUCUGCUCCCAUUGAUAUCCCGGAUAUCCACCCUGACGCUUUCGCUAAUAUGCUGAGCUUUAUCUACACGGACACCGUGGAGAAUCUCAACAGCGAUAACGUGUUCCACACGUUGAGCUGCGCUGACAAAUAUGACUUAUCCUCGCUGGUUGGUGUGUGCACCCGCUUUAUCGUGAAUGAUCUCGACAUGGACAGCUGCCUGUAAAUUUUGGAGAAGGCUAUUGGUUGUGAAUGCGCAUCGCCCAGCGUCAUGGAGGAGUGUUUGCGUCUGAUUGAUGAAUCCAUGGAGCAUGUCUGGCUGUCAGAUUAUUUCUCUGCCAUCAAACAGGAGACCUUACUAAUGAUUCUACAGCGAGAGACGUUGGCCGCCGAUGAGCAGACCAUCUAUUGUUCGGUUGAAAAGUGGGCUGUGAACGCGUGCAAUAAGCGUUCUCCGGAGUCGUCUGCUUCUAAUCGGCGUAAAAUGCUGGGACCGGCUCUGUAUCUCGUCCGAUUCCCGCUCUUAAUUAAUGAGCAGCUCAUGGCUGGCCCUGCUAAGACUGGUUUGUUACUUGAAUCGGAGCUAUGGGACAUCUUCCGCUACAAGCACGACGCGGUCAAGCCGCAAAUUCUGUUCCUUGCAGAGCCCCGAAAAAUACGUGUCAUUUACUAUACGGCUCCGGAUGCAAGGGUACUGCCAGGGACUAUUUACAGCGAUCCCAUAACCAUCGGAAAGCUGCGCUGGAAGAUGCUUGUCAAGAAAAAUGACCGUGAAUCUGCUUUUCUCGGCUUUUACCUGCGUUGCGCUGACUAUCCGAAGUCGACUCCUUGGACGUGCCGGGCUGAGGCAGAGCUAUGCCUGCUGCCAUGGAAAACGGGAACUGCAGCAAUUAAGAAGAAGAUUUCCCAUUUGUACACCAAGGAACACCAUGGCUGGGGAUUCCCGGAAUAUAUCUCUAUGGAGGAGUUACUGGAUCCGUCGAAAGGCUACGUCAAUCCCACGGAUUUUUCAUUGAAGCUGCAGAUCCAUGUGGCUGCUGAACCUCCUACUGGAAUCGAGUGAUAAAGUGCGCGUGUAAACCUGUUGACGAACUGUCACAUAUUGAGUGAUAAAAAAUUGUCUUUGGUUUAAAUUUAUAGUUUAUAUCGUUUGCUGACAGAUUAUAAUCGUUUCCGCACCUUGUGGAAUUUUGUGAGUUUUUAUUGCCACAUUCUCGGUGAUCCCGGAGCUUGUCAGCUAAAUAGAUGGGAGUUUUGGUCUCCUAGCAGAUGGAAUGUUUUCCGGUUUUAUAGUGAAAGAGUUUUAUUUUUUUAUAGAUUAUCGGCACAGUACCGUUGGUACAACUGUAGGCCGUUUGCUUUUUCA